AUGAAAGUAAUGUUAUCGAUUGGAUUGACAAAUAUUGAAAUCAAAGUGAUUCUAUGGACCAUUGGAUUUUCAGCCAUAGUUCAAUUAGUUUGGUUUAAGCAAUGGGAACGUCAUGUCCAUAGUGAGCGUCAACGAGCAUAUGUGUUAUCACUUCUUAGUAGUUUUAUCACCAGUGUUGGAUCCUUACCGUUUGUAUAUCAAGUCCUGUUUCAUUUACCAAGGGGAAAUUUGAAUGCUUUACUUAUGGAUGAAACAUUCAUGUUACUUGCCGUUGGGUUGACGACUUUUUUCAUGACCUUCUUAUGCUUGGAUCUACUGAUAGGUUGGUUCCGAUAUCGUAACAAGAUCGAUCCAUUGACGGGUUGGGUUCAUCACAUGACCUAUCUUGGUGUGUUGACCUGGGUACUACGACAGCAUUAUAGUCCUAUCUUUGUUGCCAUGUGUGUCCUUGAAAUCCCUACGUUUAUCUUGGCCUUGGGUUCUGUUCAUCGUGCCUAUCGAUCGGAUACUUUGUUUGCAUUGACAUUUGUUUCCACUCGUAUUGUUUUUCAUACAUUUAUGAUUUCAAGUGCUUUUUCUCUUUAUCGUUUUGGUGCUAUUACUUUGGCUUUGGCUGCUUUUUUACCACUUCAUUGUUAUUGGUUUUUCGGGUUUAUUCAACAACAAAAACGACUAUACCAACAAAGGAAAAAGAAGAAUAUUAGUGUGACCAUUCAACCUUCAUCCACUAAAGUAUCUAUCAAUAAAAAACCAAUCAAUGUUUCUUCUAUAAAGAAACGUCCUGGAUCUAUCAAUACCGAACGUCUACGUCGUCAUCUUCCUUCCUCACCUGCUGACUUUUCCAACUUCACAUCUCAGCACAUGAUUCAACGAUUGGCUGAUAGACUACCCGAUAAUCUAUCAAGAGAUUUGUAUCGUUCAUCUGAAAGGUUACGAGAGUUUUGGGAUCGUGGAUUACUACAACAACAACAACAACAACAAGAGGAUCACGCUCAUUCUAUUACUGUUACUGCUCAUUGAUGGAUGAUUCUCCUUCUCUAGUUUAUAUACAUAUAUAUAUAUAUAUAUUUGUUGAUAUUCCCUCUCUCUCUCUCUCUCUUUCUGUUUAUAAUAUAUUCCUUUUUUUUUAUUUUUACACAUAUAGCUAUAUUACUUAUUACUUUAUACAUACUUACACUUAUAUUAUUAUUUAAUAAAGGAUCCUGUUUUAGUGACUGACCUGUUGAUCAGGAGAGUUCAGGGCCAAAAAAGAGGUGAAGUUGCC